AUGAUUGAUCAAUAUGUAAAUCAGCCUAGCCAAGAAGAAAGGCAAAGCGUUUAUGAAAAAUCAAUUUUUUUCUCAUGUCAGAAGAUUGUUCAGAAGAAAACUAACGAUAAAGCAACAAGUAGCUAUAUUAAUUGCUUGUCUUCUUUAGUUUCGCAAUAUAUCACUCAAAUAAUGGUAAGAGAUUUAGUUGAUUUUGCAAAACAUGCAGGAAGAAAAGAAAUAACAGUUGAUGACGUAAUUUUACUUUCCAGAAAGAUGCCAAAGACUUAUCAACAUCUUCAAGAAUACAAGGAAAAGCACUUAGGUAUAACUUCUAAGCCAAAGAAGUCCAAAAACUUGAAAAAUAUGCUCAAAGACUAA